GGUCCAGCUACGUAACGGUCGACAAAAUGCUGCAGCUCCGCCCGCGAUUUCUCCCCAUCGUCGCCGACAACAGCUGAGAAGUCGGCAUCGUCAAUCGGGCCACCAACCACCCAAUCCCUCCCGAAUAUCGCCAUGGGCUCAUCAGCCUCCAAAACUGCGCAGACUUCUGCGAGGAAGUACCCGAGCAGAGCCGGCAACCUCUCGCCUCCGUCGGCCGCGACUUCAAAACCGCCGCCGCCGACGAGCAGCAGGAGAAGCCCUACACAAAGCAGAGCCCCGGGCGUGAAGGACGAGGCAAUCCGCCUCGACUCGAUGGACCCCAGCCCGCCCACCAGCGGCGCCGGCAGCCUCGCGGAGCGGCUUCGCCAGAUCGGCGCCGUGCGGCCGAAUCCAACGCUAUCGCACUCGUCCACCGCCAACAACGGCCCCGCGUCCGCGCCCCUCCCCGCCCGGAACACGACGCUCUCGGCGCUCGACGCGCGCCGCGCCCUGCAGCGCAAGGCCGACCGUGAGGCCGCCGAGGCGGGGCGGGCCGGCUUCCCCGGCCGCGAGCUCGCGGGCGUCGCCGCCCUCCGCGACGUCCUCGUCAUGCGCGCCCACGGCGUCGCCGCCCCCGAGAUCGAGGCCCGCCUCGGCCUCAGGCCCGGCGCUGUCGCGCGCCUGGGACCCCCGCGCGCCGUGGGGUUGCUGGGUGAAGGAGGCGCUGCUAGCUAGCACGGGGCUUGCGAUCCUCGGGUAUGACUGCCUGCUUGCUGCAUCCUCAUGUCGUCCUCAUGCCCGCACUCUUGCGUCUAGCAGAGAUGAACGUCUUUCGCGGGCUGCGCUCCUGGGAACUUUGCUACUCGCGCAAAACCUGGUCCAGGUUGGUCGCACGGCUCGGUCUGGGGAAAGCGCUCGUCGAGUCGUCUAGACGCUUCACAAGGGCCACCAGGACUAUGGCGGUGCGCAUGCCCACCACCCUAACCGGAGAAGCCGGCACAAAAAGCCAACACCGCCUCGGCCAAGACAUGGCCAUGGCGGUAACGGCGACGUCCGACCGCAGCCUGUAAACCUAGACUACCACCGCUAUACAGGUCUAAGGCCUACAUGGUGCCACGUAAACUUUGUCAGAUACUAUAGUGGGACAGGGAAUUCACAAGGGCUGUUUGUCCAUCAAGGGCGUUGAGAUCAGGGGUAUAAGGUUCACAUUUUGGGACAAGGAUCCAAAUCCCACGCUAGCAGGAAACAGGGCGGCUUGAAACCAUACGGGCUUCCCAGCAGACAUGGGGGGAAUCAAACAAACGAUUCCAAAGAUGAGAGGACAGAAGCAUGCAUUAAGAUACAGGUAUAGCCGGGCAACCGUCAAGCCCACAUAUUCUAUCUGACUGACGCUCAUCAUCGAUUGAGGGGACAGUUGGGGUCCUGGCAGGUACACUGGCAGCCUUGAUGGCAAACGUGGGAGCUCGAGUGCAAAAUGCAGUCUCGGUCACCGCACGGCGCAUACUGCGGCAGCCAGUGGUGGUGGUGAUGC